AUGCCCGCCGCAGGUGUCACCGUCGGCGGCACCUCCGGUCAGCCCACAGAUUCUCCUUCCAAUACGCCACAGCCGUCGAAUACGUGUACCCCUGACGACAGCAGCGAGAAUGAUGAGGGGAGCUUGAAGCAGGGUACGGCGACCACGUUGCAACAAGAUACAAGUGUGCGGCAACCCAAGGAAGCACCCCCGGAGCUCGAUGAUUUUGGCCUACCUAUUCGACCACGCCUGACGCCCGAACGACUCGCUAGCGAUUUGCUGGCACAAAAAACCCGUGCCGAACCUGAAGAUACAGCUACCAGCCCCGAAGCCGAGCAGCAACCCAAGAAAGAUGUGGUGAUAACCAGAGAACCACUCCAGGAUUCGGAAAAGCCAGAGAGGAAGGAAACUGGGAAUAUAGACAAGGCGCCAGAACAAAUACCGCAGCCGGUUAUGAAGCUGCAAUUGCAAGAUUCUCAACCCGAGCCUGCGUCCACUGACCCCUCUGAGCCCACCGAUCCUCCGCCUCCUUAUAAAAAAUCCACCACAAGAUCGCAAAAUGCCGAAAUCUCGGAAUGGUCACACAUGCGAUUGGCUCAAGCUCAUGACACACACAACGAGAGUGAAGAGGAGGAAGAUCAUGGAGAUUGGAAGGCAAUGCCUGCUCUCGGGGAAUUCGACUAUUACGACGACUAUGGACGGCUGAUUGCCAAAGGCGGCCAGGCAGAAGACAAUGAGGCCGUAUACCAGGGACUAGGCGGCGCAGGGCGAGGCUAUACCCGAGUUCAGCUUGACGAAGAUGCUCAAUCUGCCACCAGUAUGGAUGAAGACACGAGCUAUCUUUUUCGAGAGACGGGCGAUAACCAGGCUGGCCUAGAAGGCGAGGAACUUCGUGAUUCCGUUAGCCAGCUCCAAGCCACAAAGGACUUUCUCAACGAGACGCAAAAGAUUGCCUACGUGGGCGUGGUCCGCCUUGCGAUCCACGAGAUGAACCAAGAGGUGGUUAAAAUUCCUAUGACCAAGUCCAAGUCCACGAAGAAAACUGUCCAUAAAGCUGUGGACGGCAUGCGAAAAUGGGGUCAGGCCAUGAUGGGCCGCUUAUAUAUGCAUAUGGAUAUCAGUACCGCUGAGCAAAUCAUGAUCGAACAACUUGCCGAACAUGGCGUGCAGCCUGGUGAUCUCAUCCGUCCUUUGAUGCAAAACGCUCGCGUCAAGAAUCCGAUGGCGGAGGAGGAAUCGAAGGCAUCCACGUCUGCUGUCUCGUCCCCGACACCAAAAAAUGAAGCUCGGUCGAGGUUUUCUACCGAGACAAAUGUAUCUGAACCCGGAUCGCCUCCUCCAUACGAGGUCCACAAAGGCGAAGAACUCCCAGAGGUCCGAACGCCGUCUCAAAUGCCUACUUCUGACCGAAUCGAUAUUGAUCUUCGAUGGACCGUUCUGUGUGAUUUGUUUCUUGUGCUUAUUGCCGACUCGGCUUACGAUGCUCGGUCAAGAGUACUUCUGGAACGGGUCGGAGCAGCCAUGGAUGUAACUUGGCUUCAGAUCUCCCGAUUUGAGAAGCGCGUUACCGAUGCCCUUGAAAUGCAAGAGCAGACGGAGAAGGAGACCUGGGAUGAGUCCGAUCACAUGGAGAAGCGCCGGAAGAUGGCCCUCAAACGCAGAUAUAUGGUUAUGGGGCUGGCAACUGUCGGUGGUGGACUUGUCAUCGGUCUAUCUGCGGGUCUCUUAGCCCCUGUCAUUGGCGCUGGUCUCGCAGCCGGAUUGACGACCGUGGGAAUAUCUGGAACGAGCGCGUUCCUGGGAGGUGCUGGUGGCACGGCCAUGAUCGCCUCCACUGCUUCAUUGAGCGGAAGUGUCAUUGGUAUGAGGGCCUCGAAGCGACGAACAGGCGCAAUUCAAACAUUCGAGUACCGUCCUUUACACAAUAAUAAGAAGCUGAACCUUAUCGUCACGGUAUCCGGCUGGAUGACUGGUAAGGUUGACGAUGUUCGACUUCCGUACAGUACGGUGGAUCCAAUCAUGGGUGAUAUCUACUCUGUUCUGUGGGAGCCUGAAAUGCUUCGCAGCAUGGGUGACACGAUUAACAUUCUUGCAACAGAAGCAUUAACUCAGGGUCUGCAACAAGUGCUUGGCAGUACCAUUUUGAUGGCUUUAAUGGCCUCUCUCCAGCUACCUUUGGUCCUUACUAAACUCGCCUAUUUGAUUGACAACCCGUGGAACGUAUCUCUCGCCCGCGCCCAUGCUGCGGGUCUAAUUUUGGCCGAUUCUUUGAUCGAUCGAAAUCUCGGGCACCGCCCUGUAACAUUGCUUGGCUUCUCUCUCGGUGCACGGGUCAUUUUCUCCUGCUUGAAGGAACUGGCUGAAAGGGGUGCCCAUGGCCUGGUUCAGAAUGUGUAUCUGUUUGGAUCACCUGUCGUGGCAAAUAAGGAUGACUACCUGAAGCUUCGCAGCGUGGUAGCUGGGCGAUUCGUGAAUGGGUACUCCAAGAACGAUUGGAUUCUUGGAUAUCUCUUUCGAGCAACCGGUGGUGGUAUCAUGCGGGUGUCUGGGUUGGCGCCAAUUGAGGGCAUUCCUGGCCUCGAGAAUUACGACCUGACAAAUUUGGUGAAUGGCCACAUGGACUACCGUGCUGCCAUGCCUCGUAUCCUGAAAGCGGUGGGCUGGGAAGUCCUUGAGGAUGAGUUUGCUGAAAUCGAAGAUCCAGACCCAGAUAACCAUGCCGAGCGUCAGCGCGAGCUGAUUCGUGAAAUCGACGAAGCUCGCCGGGAGGCGGAGUUGAAGCCGGAGAAGAAGCGAUUCGGUCUCUUCAAACGUGGCAGGAUGGCCGAGAAGAAGUCGUGGGAGACGUACGACGUUGACAGAAGCAGCGCGUCGCGUGACUCUAAUGACCCAGCAAGUGCUCCGGGCUCUGUACUGUUCGAUAUUGAAGCCAUUCGAGCUGAGUUGGCAUCGGAGGCGAUCGAAGUGAAGCAGCUUGAAUCAACUCUUCCUCCGAUGAAGCUCGAUUUGAAUCCUCCAGCCAAGUCGACGCCUGCAACUCCAACCGAGAGGGAUCCAAUGGAUUCGAAAGACCCGAAGGACUCAAAAGCUACCGAGUCCUCCUCUGUGGCUCGAACUGCAUCGGAGCCUCGGCUCAAAACGGGCCAGAUGUCCCCUUUUGAAACCAAGGAAUCGAACGCUUCACCGAAAGAGGAUCCGGUUGAAAUGACUUUCGAUACCUCCUUCCAUGAACCAGAACCUCGGUCUCACCAACCUGUCCGACCAGAAUUGCGGUCUUCUUCUACGAUGCCUCCGAACAUUGGCUCUACUGUUGGAGCCAUGGCUCUGGAGCCUAAUGCCUGGGCCGAUGAUGAGCACGGAGAGAUUUCCAUGACGUUUGAAUAA